AGAAACGUCAUCUGCUUCGAACAUUUAGCUUUAGCCAGAAAUUAGCUUGGUGUUGAAAUCAUGGACACAUUCUGUCACAUUGAGGGUUUUUUCUUUCAACCUACUGUUUAAAUUAGAUUUAGUAAUGUAUGCUCAUUUUAUUUACUGUAAGGAACAUGUAUAUAAAACCCUUAUUCAGAUGCAGGGACAUGCUGAAAGGAGAACUUCCCGUGUGAAAUGCUGGCUAGCAUAGUCAUCGAGCAGGGGCCGAGAAUCGAAAAGUGGCUAACAGUAACUAGAGUUAACUCAACAUCAUCCAGUCUGUGAGCUUUGGCAUAUCAGCAAUAAGCCAUAGGGGGACAAAUUGAGACUACAUUUUCUACAACGUAGCAGUGGGUCCGUCUGAGGCAGAGCCAUGGGUGCGUUCCUGGACAAACCCAAAACGGAGAAGCACAACUCACAUGGUGAGGGCAACGGCCUGCGCUAUGGGUUGAGCUCCAUGCAGGGCUGGCGGGUGGAGAUGGAAGAUGCUCACACAGCUGUUCUCGGACUACAGACUCCUGGUAUGAGUAGCUGGUCGUUUUUUGCUGUGUAUGAUGGUCACGCUGGAUCAAGGGUUGCUAAUUACUGCUCCAAGCACCUUCUUGAACACAUAAUCACUGCUAGCUUCGGAGCUGAAGAUACACAAGGCCAGCAGGUUGGUCCAGACAGCUCCAUCGGUGACUCCCAAGCAUCAGUGCCUCCUGCAGUGGAAGCUGUGAAAACUGGGAUUCGUACAGGCUUCCUAAAGAUUGAUGAGCACAUGCGUAGCUUCUCUGACCUUCGAAAUGGCUUGGAUCGCAGCGGCUCAACAGCUGUAGGGAUUCUUCUGUCACCAGAUCAUUUCUUCUUCAUCAACUGUGGAGAUUCUCGAGCUGUCCUGUAUCGCAAUUCACAGGUGUGCUAUUCCACGCUCGAUCACAAGCCCUGCAACCCGCGUGAGAGGGAGCGCAUCCAGAAUGCUGGAGGCUCUGUGAUGAUUCAGAGAGUGAAUGGAUCACUAGCUGUAUCAAGAGCUUUAGGAGACUAUGAUUACAAAUGCGUGGAUGGCAAGGGCCCCACGGAGCAACUGGUUAGCCCUGAACCAGAAGUGGUUGUGAUGGUCCGGGCACCAGAGCUAGAUCAGUUCAUCAUUCUGGCUUGUGAUGGCAUCUGGGAUGUCAUGUCUAAUGAGGAAUUAUGUGAGUUUGUUAAAUCUAGACUUGAGGUGUGUGAUGACCUGGAGAAAGUCUGUAAUGAAGUGGUGGACACCUGCUUGCACAAGGGUAGUCGGGAUAACAUGAGUAUGGUACUGGUGUGUUUACCCAAUGCUCCCAAAGUAUCCGAGGAAGCUGUGAUGAAAGAAGCUGAGCUCAACAAAUAUCUGGAAGCUCGAGUAGAAGAGAUGCUGUCUCGGCCAGGAGAUGAGGCCUUUCCAGACCUUGUGACCGUGAUGAGGAACCUGUCUACAGACAGUGGCAUGCCCCCGCUGCCACCAGGGGGGGGACUUGCCAGCAAACGCAGUGUUAUUGAAGCAGUAUACAACCGUCUGAGUCCAUACAAGGAGGAAGAUGGACCCUCCUGUUUCAUUUGAAUGGAGCAGAUUUGGAGUGCCACUGGUAGCUGUCCUGCAGGAUCCAAAAAAGAGAAAACUAAACAGGACCACUAUUCCACAUGCGAUCACAUCCACUCUCAUGUUUUCAUUUGACUUCAGAGAGUAAUAGAAGCAGGAGUUUUACUGAUUCGCCCAAUGUGGAGGACUGCAAGUUAUAUUUCAUUUAUUUACAUAAGCAAACGGGAGAUAAACUGCACUACAGGACUGAAAACUCAACGGAGAGGUGAAUAAACUGGGUUUGUUGGUCCUCUUGUUUUCUUGCUUUUUUUGUGGUGUUUUUUGGUUGACAGACCUGGGAUCAGCUCUGCUCUCAAAGAUUUGGACUCUACAGUGCCUUGUACAGACCUGAAAGAGAGAAGGGAGGACAUCGCAGCUCCACACCCAGCCAGCCAUUGCUGGAAACAGCCACUCAGAGGAUUCUGAGUAACUAAACAGUUUGUGGCAUUACUUGUUUUUGCAGUGUAACCUUGUUUCCCCUCCUGUUGAGGGGCUGGGGUUCCAACACCUCAGCUAAACUGGAGAACAUUUUCUGGAUUUGAAGCACCAUCCAAAGGCCUCUGAGUAAAGGCUUCAGAAUAGGAACAGAAAGCCCGAGGCUCGCACCUUAACUCGAGGAAUGCUAUUGACAUGAUUUCAGUUUUGGCUCUUUUUGGAUUUCUAAUCAAACCUCGCUGAUGUCCCUCACUGCAGAUGAUUUUGACCCAAGUGUGACUCCUCCUGCACGCCUCUGCUCACUUUCUCUGCUCUCAUCUCUUAAAGGAUGUAACAGUUUAACAAGUUUUCCUUCAGUUAUUCUCUUUUUGCUUCUUGAUGUCUCCCAUUAAAUAAGACUGCAGUACUUUGGCAAACAUUGCCUGAAAUCAUAAACUUGUGAGCCCUGCUGUUAAAAAAUAGAUAUUGUAUGAUAAAUUCUUGUAGAUAUACAUAUCUAGAUAUGAAAAAUAUAUAUAUUUUGUUUGUUUGCAUCAGUUAUAUUUUCAGCCCUGAUAUUCAGUGUGUGUGUGUGUGUGUGCGUGUGUGUGUGCGUGUGUGUAGGCAGGCUAAUUAAGAUAAAAUAGGAGGCAUACACAACAUCCUUGUUCAUUCUUCCUGCCUUUUCUAUUACAGAUAACUGCUGUGUGUUUUAAGCCUUAUUUUGUUCUAGUUGAAAACAUUCUGUCGUACUACCUUUAUAUUUUUUAUUGAUGUGUGUUCUCGUUUUGAGUUCCAUUUUGAUCAAACGGAUGAAAACGACUAACAGGAGAAUUAAACAUUUUACAUUUCGGGGAGACUAAAAAGGAGGAACUCUGUUGGUGAUUUUAUUUGUCUCCUAUUCACAAUGUCAGUAAAAUUACUGUCAGUAAUUUCUUUGAAAACUUCACGAACUCAAGAAAAUAUUCUCUGAAGUAAUGAAAUUUCAACAUUGGCACUGGUCAGAAUGAAACCAUCGGAGUUCCUUAUUUGACAAACGUGCAUAAACAACGUUGACACUUUGUGAUUUUCUUUUUAUUAGAUUGUUUUAAAAUGUGUCGACAAAACUGUAAAAGACCGUCUCUACCAACCAGCUGCAUAUUGGGCCUGCUUUCACUGGCGGUAUUGGAAGAGAUGAGGCCUGAGACCGCUGGUUGGUUAAAGUUCUGGUGGUACUCUGGGUCUUGGUGCCAUAUGACGAACAGGUACUUGAAUGUGUCGUUCUUUUGUAGUUGUUUGAGUAGAUGAUGAGUGUGUUUGUGAUGGAGGGGUGGGCUCUUGUAGUGCAUGUUUUAUGAGGUUAGGAGUGUACUUAGUGAGCGGGGUAAUGUGGGACACGUUCAGUGUGUUGGGACCCAACCUGCAGGAAAGUGGAGAACUUUAUUUUUGUAUGAGACUAAAUUAGAUUUUAAGUUUCGUAUUUCUUUUUAUUCACCGUGUCUGGUUUGAUUUGAUUCCAGAAUUACUGACUACCCAGAACUCAUUUUCUGACUUGAACCUUGUGCAGAGUCGUACCACACUGAACGGUCCGCAUUUGUUUAAACGAGACACUGGGCUUAGAGGAUUUAUGGGGGAAUGGGGAGGGAGAGAUUAUUUUUUUGAAUGUAAUUCUUUAUUAUUCACACUGAUUCCACUGCAUGAACUGAAUACUAGCAGCACUGCAGAGUCGCAUCCUGCUCUAAAACAUUUAAUGACAAAACGAGCUUUCUGCUUCCUUUUUAAGACCUGUUUAUAUUUAAUCAUUAUUCUGAUAGUGGGCUCACAUAGGAGGUUUAUGACUCCUGAAUAAUUAGUUUCUAUGACUCGUCUCGUGGGCACGUUUGGCCCACAUAAAUUGUGUAAACUCACAACAACUUGUGAGGGUUUUAGGAUGGAAACGACCUCUAACUUGCAACAUUCUCUUGUCAGUAAGUUAUUCAGAAUUAUAUGAAUGGCUGCAUAAGUAAAAUUCUUUAAAUAAAUCUGUUAUGAUUUGACAUUAGGAUGCUUUACACUGAAGGCAGAAUUGGACAUCGGGUUUGAGGUUUUGCCACUUUUUUCUUGUACUAAUUUCCCAGAAUACAGUUGGGAAGUUGACACACCAUACAGUGAACAUAAACACCAAUAAAAGAUGAUUUAUGUUUUAA